AUGGAGAGUUCCGGUUCAAGUCAGCCAAGUGAAAGUUCCAGUUCGAGUCAGCCAACGACAUCAGCACCGUCAAGUUCGAGAUUGGCUAUUAACCGAAGAAGACAGCAGGGGAAUCCGAUCCUAAAAUAUCUGCGUAAUGUAACCUUUGAAUGGGCUGAAAUCAAGGCGGAUUUUGAAGCCGGCAAAGAGAUGGGUAUUCUGUAUUUGAGUCUAAAAUGGCACAAACUUCACCCGAACUACAUUGAGACACGCAUGAAUAACGAUGGUACUGGAUACGCAAUCAAGGUAAUUGAUUUUGAGUUAAAAUACCACGCAAAAAUACACCGGAAAUGGUAA